UUUAACAACCUAGAGGACGCUCUGGGCAAGAAGAAUGGGGUCCUCAUCAUAGCCUUAUUUGUGCAGAUUGGUAAAGAACAUCUGGGGCUCAAGGCUAUUACGGAAGUAUUACAGGAUCUACAGUACAAGGGAAAGAGCAAGAUAAUCCCCUGCUUCAACCCCAACACUCUAUUACCUGACCCUUUGCUUAGAGACUACUGGGUGUAUGAAGGCUCCCUGACGACUCCUCCCUGCAGUGAAAAUGUAACGUGGAUCCUCUAUCGAUACCCCCUCACCAUCUCACAAAUACAGAUUGAGGAGUUUCGAAGGUUGCGGUCCCACACCAAAGGGGCAGAUUUACUCGAGGGGAAUGAUGGAUUAUUAGGGGACAACUUCAGACCCACGCAGCCCCUCAGUGACAGGACAGUCCGAGCAGCCUUCCAGUGACUUCAGAUUCAAACCAUCAACCUCUCACAGCAUGGGGAUCCACCAGAACAAGUGUAAAAGGGACUGAAGAGGAGGUGCAGACAGACUUGAACUACAGCUUGGCCCCCUGACAAAGCAUCUCCAUCUUUAUAAUGAGUUUGCGUGCAAGUAUUGUUCAGUUCUUAGCAAUGAUUAAUUGUGCAUAUGUGGCAUAUUGUGAGUGUUUGCAUUUUGAUCAAUGCUGUGUUAUCUUAGUUUGUUUCAAAACCAGAGGAAGCAGAAACCACAAAUGUCACUUAUUUACUGUCAUGCUUAACAUUGUAGGUUACGUACCAAAGACCCCCGAACAAAAUGUCUCUAAUCACAGAUAACGAUUUCAUAUUUUCAUGUCUGAAGAGCUAUUACGAUUUAUGUUGUGUUUUGGCUAUGCUCUGAUAUGGUAAGGGUAACAUAUUUGUAACUAAAGGGUUAAAUGCUUAUCAUCAGAUAUAUUGUUAUUUUUAAAUUUGCAUUUCUAGUUUAUUUCUAAAUUUUGUUCUUUAUUAUGUUUUUAUAGUAAAAUAUAAUCUAAAGUUGUGUUGUUCCUAAAAGAUAAGAAAUGUGUAUGGCAUUUUAAGGCACUGUGUUUUAAACUGAACAGAAAUAAACUGUGAGAAUUUCAGACUGUUACAAA